AUGGAGAAGAGUACGAGCCAACAACAGUUUCCAGGUUUCAGCGCAGUAUACAGCGAUACUUAAGUAAGAAGAAAUAUCCAUUUAACAUACUCAAGGACAAUGAGUUCGAAAAAUCAAGAAAAGUCCUUGCAGCGAAGAAAAAGUCACUUGUUCACGAGCACGGCAAAGGAAACAAACCGCAAGCUGCGCAGGCUAUCGACGAAGACGAAGAGGAUGCCCUUUUUGAAGCAAGAGAAUUCGGCGACUCCAAUCCAGUUGCGCUUCAAAGAACUGUGUGGUGGUUUUUAUCCCUACACUUCGGUUUCCGAGCAAGAGACGAAAGUCGUAAGUUACGCUGGGGUGACGUUCAGCUUCAACAGCAGAAUGAUGGCCAAGAAGUCUUGGUUUGGUUGGCCGAGCGAGGCACAAAGACCCGACAUGGUCAGGAGAGAGGACACCAAAGAGCGUUCGAACCAAAGAUUUAUGCCACCAAUACAGCGAGAUGUCCUGUCAGUUUUUACAAAAAAUUUCGCAGUCACCGGCAAGUGGAAAUGAACGUGCCAGAAUCAUCAUUUUACUUA